AAAAACAGCGUGGGAAAAACCGUUGACGCUUCCAAAAAGCGGACACUUCCAUACCAUUCCAGUUUUCCUCAUUUCUUUAGGAGAGAGAAAAACAUCAUCCUCCUCCUUUACUGCACUCACCAAUUUUCAGAGCUCCUGAAAACCCUAAAAUGGCGGCAUUCAUGGCAAGAGCUUGCAUUCUCCCAACAAUGUCAAUCUCUUACCCUAAUCCUAACCCUAACAAUCUCCGUUCAGGCCGCUCACACUCAGUUGACGCAUACUACAUUAAACGCGCCGUCGAAUUGGCCGACAAAUCCGCCGGAUUUUCAUCACCUCACCCGAAUUUCGGUUGCGUAAUCGAAGCCGGAAGAAUCGUCGGAGAAGGUUAUUUGUAUGCUCAGGGAACUACUGCGGCGGAAGUUCAGGCUGUCGAAGCUGCCGGCGAGUGGUGUCGUGGUGCUACGGCGUAUCUUAAUAUGGAGUGCGGUGAUUGUCAUGGUGAACGUACUGCUGUUUCUGCUCUUGUUCAGGCAGGGGUGAAGAGAGUGGUGGUUGGAAUGAGACAUCCGUUGAAGCAUUUGAGAGGAGGAGCGAUUCAAGCGCUUCGAAGUGAAGGAAUUCAUGUUGAUGUGCUUGGUGAGGAUUUGCAAAGCGAUGUUGCCGAGGAAGCUUUGAAAUCUUGCCUUCUCGUGAAUGCUCCUUUGGUCGUCAGGGCUGCUUCUCACGUCCCGUACUCUGUUCUCAAAUAUGCUAUGACCCUUGAUGGGAAGAUAGCUACUAACAAGGGACAUUCAGUGUGGAUAAGCAGCAACCUAUCAAGGUGCCGUGUCCUUGAACUGAGGGGUCGAAGUGAUGCUAUUAUUGUUGGUGGAAAUACUGUACGGAAUGAUAAUCCCCGACUAACUGCAAGGCAACAAGGGGGGCAUUCGCCUGUACGGAUUGUUGUGUCACAGUCUCUUGACCUUCCUGAGAUAGCACAUCUUUGGGAUACUUCUGAAGUGCACACCAUUGUGGCAACACAGAAAGGUGCUAGAAGGAGCUUUCAAAAAUACCUAGCUUCCAAAGGCGUUGAAGUGAUUGAGUUUGAGAUUCUAAAUCCUAGAGAUGUUAUGGAAUACUUUUAUGAGUGUGGAUAUCUUUCGGUUCUAUGGGAGUGUGGUGGAACAUUGGCUGCAUCAGCUAUUUCUUCUGGUGUUAUAAAUAAAGUCUAUGCCUUUAUUGCUCCUAAAAUUAUUGGUGGAAAGGGGGCGCCAUCUCCUGUUGGUGAACUUGGCAUGGUUGAGAUGACUCAAGCUCUUAAUUUACAUGAUGUCAGUUAUGAACAGGUUGGACCUGACAUGCUUGUCAGUGGAUUUCUUCAGCCCAUUCCUGACUUGACACCGAUCAUUCCUUCUUUCUCUGAAUUAUCAAAAAUUGAUCCGUCAAUUAACCCUUAUGAAUCUAGCAUCAUAUCCUUCUACAAGACUUGGGAUCCUUACGGUUCCUUCUCCAAUUUCUCACCCCACCCUAUCCAGAUGCCAGACGAGGGUGGCCAUUAUACAACCUGGUCCAGUGUCGAGCAUUAUUACCAGGCACACAAGUUUUAUGGGGUACAAGAUCCUCUAGCACAAGAGUGUUUUGAGGCUAUCAAGUCUGCAAAAAGUCCUGAAGAAGCAGCCAGGAUAGGAAGGAAAAUGCAGAGACGAAGACCAGACCUGGUAAGGUCCGACUGGGAGGCCGCAAAAAUUGAUAUAAUGUACAGUGCACUUAAAUGUAAGUUCUCAAUCUACCCACACUUGAACUCCAUGCUACUGUCUACUGUUGGGUCUAUUCUUGUUGAAGGUUCACCGCACGAUUUCUUUUGGGGCGGUGGACGUGAUGGAGAAGGCCUUAACUAUUUGGGGAGGCUGCUGAUGCAGUUGAGGUCAGAGUUUGUGGGUGAAUCCUCUUCACACACUGAUAACCCUGAUGAGAACUAGAAUUUUGGAGAGUUUAGAGUCUACAAUCCACAUAUCUUUACACAUAAAAGAGCUAAGUAUGUACUAUAAUCCCCCCACAAUACACACACAAAGAAUUAGGGUUGAGGGAUGCAAAGUUUUGUAUCGUUAUCUAUGGAUUCACCUUCGUAUAUGUUACAGAUUAUGAUAGAACAUUCUGUAAGUUUAUGAAGUAUUUUCUAUGCAGUUAUGUUUGAUCCAAAAUAAAUGAGGGGCAUAAAACUAAGUAUGGCCUGAUUAUGUUUAAGUAACCAAUGCAAGUGACUAAUUGAGCACGAUUACGGAUUUUUUCAAAUA